UUAUGUGAUUUUGGUUUUGAAUAAAACGCCGGAAUUUUCGUAUAAAAUCAAUUGACAUAAUGUGUUUGUAGUGACGAACGAUACUGAUCGAAUACAGCUGUGCUGAUUAAGCAUUUUCAAAGGUAAAAAUUUCUGUGCAGACGAGUAUCUGGGGCGUAAAGUACAUAUCAGGAUUUGCAUCCUUUACCGAGCACUGAGUGCAAUUGUUUUGGGAUACAUUGAGAGAUAAGUCAAAGUCACACGAUAUGUCAUUCGCAAUAAAAAGGUUCCCGCUGUCAAGAAUGGUCGCUUCACUACUUCAUCAACAUCACAGUCAUUUACGGCCAAUUCCAGCCACCAUUCACACCAAUUCACAGUUAAAUUCAUUCAAGUCUUGGUACCAAAGUAAGUGGAUGCCGCGUAAGCUAGAGCCGCCCUACACUCACAUCGUUCAAGUCGGCGAUCCGGUUUUGCGCCAAAAGUCGGUUCCUGUCCCACUGGAUGCCAUCAAAUCGAAAGAAUUGAAUUUCUUUAUCGACCAAUUGAUCCGAGUGAUGUCCGAUUAUCAAGUGGCAGGAAUAGCAGCACCACAAGUGGGGCUCGAUUUGCAGAUUAUUAUCUUGGAAUUCAGCGACCAAUUGAAGAGAGAAUUUUCACCCGAGAUUUAUAAAGUACGAGAAAUGGAGACAUUGCCACUAACAGUGUUGAUAAAUCCCGAAAUGAAAGUGACCGACUACAGCAAACGGACCUACGACGAGGCAUGUGCAAGUGUUUGUGGAUAUAAGGGUGAAGUGACUCGGUACGCAGGUGUUACAUUGACUGGACUGAAUCGUAAUGGCGAAAAGCAGGAGUUACAUCUGAAAGGAUGGAAUGCACGCAUCGCCCAACAUGAAAUGGACCACUUGAAUGGGAUCAUGUAUACGGACAUUAUGAAUCGACGGACGUUUAGUUGCACUUGCUGGCAUACGGUUAAUUUGAAGCAAGGCGAUGUCAGAAUGGCAUUCGGUCCAAAGUGAAACAGUCAAAUGAAACGUGUGUCGGUCGUGCGUUAGCAUAGAGUCAAAUGUCUUGCAAUAAAUAUAUUUUAUAAAAAAAGUCAUGAGGCUACACGACACGUGUGUACCCAUUGGCUACGAGUACAUUAUUACAA